AACCGACAGAAAAACCGAAUAUAGCCAAGCCCACCCUCCCAGCCCAGUUUCUCAUCUCGGCCCACAUACUCACAACACAACUUACACAAUCAGUCCCUCAGCUGAGCCCACCCAACUCGACACAACCCUAAGCCUAGUCAACCACAACCUUAUACGACAGCCGCCACAACCCUCAGGCCUCAACCUCUUCCACAAACCUCAACCUACCCUGAGCUCCUUCGAUGAGGCGAAUACAAAUCCUGGGAGGGAUAGGCGGCGACGGAUUCCUCCUCUUCAAUGGCGCUGCCGACAUGCAGGCAAAGCUACCAACCACCAUCUCUCGCCUUCGAUGAUGUCGCCAGCGGGAGAAGAGGGUCUGAAGCAGUACGCCCAAUACUUCUUUCAGAUCUGAAGGAGAAAGAAAGGGAGAAGGCGAAGAAGAGUAGAUCCGGUGGUGGCGGCGGGCUCGGCCUUGAGGAGCGGCGGCGUCCUCCCCAGUCCCCUGUCUUCUCUUCAUCGUCACUAUUCCCCGCCAUCAUGCCUGCAACCACAUCCUUCUUUCCCUUAGCUCCCUCACAUGCUCAUUUUGUUUUUGUUUUUAGAAGAUUUUAGUGCUUUGUGUGUGCAGGUAGAGUGGAAGAAAGGAGAUGAGAGAUGGAGAAGGAAAAUUGAACGGGAUGAGAGAGAGGGGGCAAUAAUAUUUUGGAAUGGGAACAGGUCCAAAAUUUACAAAGAGGAAGGGAAAGUUUGUUCGGGUUUGGGGCUGAAACCGGACCGAACCGAAAUAUAUUUCGGUUCGAGCUGACCGAACCGAAAUAUAUUUCGGUUCGGAAUCGGUUUGAGGUUUGGCAUAAAUCGGGGACCCGAUAUACAACAUUUCGGUUCGGUUUCGACCGAACCGACCGAAUGCCCACCUCUAUCCCCGAGGCGCCCGGGCAGAUGAAAUACUUGAUCGUGGCGGUAGAUUACUUUUCCAAGUGGAUCGAAGCGGAACCCCUAGCAACCAUCACUCAGUCCCAAGUCAGGAAAUUUACCACCAAGAAUAUUUUCACCCGUUUCAGUCUACCGGAGUCCAUCAUAGCGGAUCACGGCAAGCAGUUAGACUGCCAUAAAUUCAUCGAGUUCUGCGAUGAGAGUGGAGUGAUUCUACGAUUCUCGUCCGUGGCCUACCCCCAGGCCAAUGGACAAGCGGAGGCGGCUAACAAGAUCAUAUUGGACGGCCUCCACACUAGGCUGCUGGAUGCCAAAGGAAGAUGGGUGGAAGAUCUCCCAGGCGUGCUCUGAGCGCAUCGAACGACAUACAAGGUAGCAACGGGGGAAACACUGUUCGCUCUGACCUACGGUAGUGAAGCGGUCAUCCCAGUGGAGAUGCUUUUUUCCCACAUACCGGAUGAUGAGAUACGAGUCAAAGGACAAUGAGGAGGAGCGCAUACACGACCUCGACAUGUUGGAGGGGCGCAGAGAUGUUGCUGCUGUGCGUCUCGAGUCUAUGAAGCGGUAGGUGGCCAGGUACUAUGAUCGCAAGAUGCGUCCCCAUCAGAUUGGCAUGGGAAGUUUGGUACUGCGACGCGACUUUCGGCUAGAGGCGUGCGAGGACAAGUUGGCACCCAAGUGGAAGGGGCCAUACCGCGUCCAGGAGGUAGCAGAACCAACCACAUUCAAGCUGGAGCAUUUGAGUGGGAAGGCCGUCAAGCGAACGUGGAACGCCAUGAACCUAAGGGCAUACAAGGGCGGGAGAGGAGUGAAGCCUCAAAGUAACUAGUUAAGGUGGAAAGACCGGACGCCUUAAUUUUGACCAACUUGUGAGGAUAACUCAUCAAGUGGGAGGGAGAUACUAUUACUGCAAGCGCGGCCUCCCACGCGCCUCAACCAGUGUUUGUAAAGCGCCCGGUUUUUCGCGCCUUGAAAGUUUAUUGUGAGUUUUAUAAAGCGCACAGUCUUUU